CAUAGUGCGCCUCACUGAUCCAUUAACCCUGCGUAUGCCCUCUCUUUCUAAAAUCUCCACCUCUCUGUUCGUAUUCGUUUUGCUAAAACCUCCGCUGAGAGGACGGCGGAGGCCGAGGACUCGAGGAGCUAUCGAGAGGUUGCAGCGUCAGUCAAUGAACACUGAAGCAGGAGAUGCAGUUGAGGCCCAUGGGAUGGCCGUGGACAAGGAUAAGAGCAGGGUGCAGUGUAACUAUUGUGGGAAGGAAGUACGUGGAUUCAACAGAUUGAAACACCACCUGGGAGGUGUUGGUCAUGAUGUAACUGCAUGCAUUGGGGCCCCUGAUGAUGUUAAGGCACGGAUGAAGGGUUUGUUGUUAGAGAAGAAAAAAGAGAGGCUUCUCAAGGAAGUUGGGGAGAUAUACCAUCCUGAUCUUCCUCUAAAGAGACAUAUCUCACCUACUUUAAGUGACCCUAAACGUGUGCAAUCAAAGCUGACCCACCUUUUGCCUACAUCAAGUGAUGGAGAAGGUAGCACAGAAAUGAGAAAUGGGGAGAAUCAAAAUGUCGUUGACCACGCUGGACCAAGUCAACCAGCUUCAUUGGAUAAGGGAAAGAAUGUCAUGGAGUGUCCACCAUUUGAGAGUGGAAGCGUUUAUGGUGGCAUCCAUAUUUUAAACAAGAUGGAAGAUGCAGAUGUCAUUGUGAAGGAGGAAGUCAAGGACGAUUCAUUCUCACAUGUAGCAAAGCUUAUAGGUUGCUUCUUCAUUGAGGCAGGUAUUGAUCCCAAUGUGAUCAAAUUAUCAUCUUUUCAGAAAAUGAUUGAUGCUAGCAUUAGCUGUGGAUUUGGGUUUAGGGUUCCCAGGCAUGAUGAGCUUAAGGGGUGGAUCCUUGAUGAGCAACUAAAAGAAGUGUGCAGGCAUGUUGAAAAUGUUAGAUCUUCUUGGGAAAGAACUGGAUGCAGCAUCCUGUUAGAUGGUUGGACUGACCAACAGGGAAGAAGCUUGAUUCGUUUUCUGGUAGAUAGCCCACAAGGCACAAUAUUCCUAAGAUCUGUUGAUGCAUCAGAUGCGAUCAGCAAUGCUGAUGCAUUGUUCUUGUUGUUCAGUAAAGUUGUUGAGGAGGUAGGAGCUCAGAAUGUUGUUCAGGUUAUUGCCCAUGAGAAGUCAUGUUACAUGGAGGCUGCUGGUAAGAAGCUAGUGGAGAAGUACAGGUCUUUAUUCUGGACGGUCUGUGCAGAUUACUGCAUAAAUCUCAUUUUGGAGAAGAUAGGAGUGCUGGAUCAUGUGAAGAAAGUCUUGUUUGAUGCGAAGGCCAUCACAAGGUUUAUUUACAGUCAUUUGCUGCCUUUUGAGCUGAUGAGGAAGCACAUUCAAGGGAGCUAUCUGGUUAGACAAUCAAAAUUGAAAUCAAUUUCAGAUUUUCUGACCCUGGGAAACAUAUUGUCUGAAAGAGAAAACUUGAUUCAAAUGUUCAGAUCGGAAGCAUGGAGCAGCUCCGAAUUGGCUUCUAAACCUCUGGGAAAAAAGAUUUGUGAGCUAGUCAAUGAUCCUUUUUUUUGGGCUGCAUCUGCUGAUGUUACAAGGGUCACAAAUCCAAUUAUUCGCGUUCUGCAAAAGAUUGAUGGUUGUGAUACUGCUCCAAUGGGAUUCUUAUAUGAUGCCAUGGAUAGAGCAAAAGAAGGAAUUAAAGGAAAUCUUGGAGGUGAAGAAGCAAGAUACCUGCCCCUGUGGUCUAUAAUUGAUGAAAUAUGGGACAAUUAUCUGCACUGCCCUCUUCAUUCUGCUGGUUAUUAUUUAAAUCCAAAUUUAUUCUGCUCAAAUGAUUUCUUUGUUGACACUGAGGUCACUAAUGGUCUCCUUGGUUGCAUAGUCCGAAUGGUUGAGGGCCCUACCAGUCAAGCUAUGAUAGUUCCACAACUUGAAGCUUAUACAUUGUUGUCAGGGGCAAGCCUCAAUGAGAUGGCAGUGGAUCAAAGAUCAAAAAUGCCACCAGCGUUAUGGUGGGCAUCUUAUGGGUAUCAGAGUCCUGAGUUGCAAAAAUUUGCCAUCAAAAUCCUAAGCCAGCCUUGUAGCGGUGCUCCAAGAUUCAAGCUUAAAAAGGAUGUCUCAGAGCAGAUACAUGACAAAGGAAGGAGUUGCAUCGAACAGCAAAUGUUCUGCAAUAUUGAGUUUGUCCAAAACAAUCUCCGUCUAAGGGAUACCCCACUAUAUUCGGAUCCAAGGGACUGCAUUGGUCCUGAAGACUCUUUCCUAAUGGAUGAUUGGAUUUCAAAGGGCUAGGAAUUCCAACGUGACUGCAACUGUAUAAGAAAUCCAAACUUCUUGCUGGAUCUGCCCCUUCUUUGCAUUGAUGACCGAUCUUCACAUUGACCUUGGAUUGGACGAUGAAAUUAUGUUUGUGUCUAUUCUUUCAAACUUCACAAUAAGCAAACGAAGGCUUUGAUGGCGCUACUGUUCUAGUUCUGACGUAUCAGGUUUAUAGUCCUCAGUUGCAGAGUUUUACCAUGAAAACUCUGAACUGGUGCUGCCAAGAUGUCUCCAUGUACAAGCUUGAGAAGGAUCACUAGGCAGGUGAAUGCCAAGGGAGAAAUUUUGUGGAACAACAUGAGUAGCUAGUCCUUAGUAAUAUCUUAUUUUGGAAUAUCUCAUCAAUCUGGGAUCAGAAAUGACCGCUGUGUUCAGAGGGGUCUGAAGAAUGAUUUGAUUGCAGAGGACUGUCAAGGGCAGGAUGAGAUCAAAGAUGACCCUUAGUAGAACUUGGCGGAUGUACAAGCUAGUGAGAAAUCAGCACUGUUACUUCUCUUGCCGGUAUUGAUUUUGUCCCCAAUUAACCGGAAGAAAAUAUCAUGAUCUAUAUUGUUUAUCCUUCCAAACUUUAGAAGAAGCAGUAUUUGGAAGAAUUAAGGAUGCUGGCGUGCUAAUUUUGGCUUCAAUGAGUUUGUCCGUUUGGCUUUGGCUGUUUUUGAGUUGCGAUACAUUUACUGGGAGUAUGUGCUCGCUGGACAAAAAUACAAGCUUGGAUCACCUUGCUGUUACUGCCUCAUAGUCACCAUCUUCGGUAACAUGACAACAUUUACUUGGACAAAAGGACGACUCAACAAUAUCCUGCUUAUUCCGAGUCAGGAAUCACCUUCUACAUCCAUGAUUAAGGCUUUGUUUGGGACGACUUUCUUAUUGCUUCUUAAAGCAAUUUUUUAGUACAAAAAUUUUAAUUUAAUUUUGUACUAAAAUGUUGCUUUAAGAAGCAGCAGGGAAGCUGCCCCAAAUAAAGCCUAAUACAGUGCUGGCAAGUCGUUAUGCACGAGCAAUGUCCUGCCGCAUUCUUUACACGCAACACUACCAAACACAACAUGACUCUGCUGCAUGGCAUAUCAGAGCUGAAAUGUUAUUUGGUGAACGGUUAUGCUCUUGUGGCUUGCUGCGGGAAAUGAUGAAGGCUUCGUUUGGGACGGUUUUUUUACUGCUUCUAAAAUAGUUUUUUAGUAUAAAAGUUGAAAUUUUUGUACUUAAAAGCUGUUUUAAGAAGUAGCAAAAAAGUCAUCCCAAACAAAACUGAAGUGAGAGAAGCACUGCUCUUUUGCAGAUUGGAGUAUGUUUGACUAAUCUUUGAUAUAUUCAGAGAUGUUUUUGCCCA